UGAUGGUAUCACAUAUGACGUCAGUGUUAGAAGGUCCAGCAUUAUAAGAAACUGAGCAGCAGCUGUUUUUUAAGCAUCACACACAGUCAGAGAGAGCAAAAAUGGCUCCGAAAGCUCUCAUCUUCUUGGCUUUGUUCUCCCUGUUAGCCAUUGUUUCAGUUGCAGACACUGACUCAGACUCAGGUCUUGUCCUCAACUUCUACAAAGAUUCAUGCCCACAAGCUGAAGAUAUCAUCAGAGAACAAGUUGGUCUUCUUUACAAACGCCACAAGAACACUGCUUUCUCUUGGCUCAGAAACAUCUUCCAUGACUGUGCUGUUGAGUCAUGUGAUGCUUCACUGCUUCUGGACUCAACAAGGAGGGUGCUGUCUGAGAAAGAAACAGACAGGAGCUUUGGGCUCAGAAACUUUAGGUAUCUUGAAACCAUCAAGGAAGCUCUUGAGAGGGAGUGCCCUGGUGUUGUUUCUUGUGCAGAUAUUCUUGUGCUUUCCGGAAGGGAUGGCAUUGUUGCGCUUGGUGGGCCAUACAUACCUCUAAAAACAGGGAGAAGGGAUGGUAGGAGGAGCAGAGCUGAUAUCUUGGAGCAAUAUCUUCCAGAUCAUAAUGAGAGCAUGACUGUGGUUCUUGAAAGGUUCAAGAGCAUUGGCAUUGACACCCCUGGAGUUGUUGCUUUACUAGGUUCUCACAGUGUGGGUAGGACGCACUGCGUGAAGCUGGUGCACCGCUUAUAUCCAGCGGUGGACCCUGCUCUUGACCCGGGCCAUGUUGAGCACAUGCUCCACAAGUGUCCGGAUGCAAUCCCUGACCCAAAGGCCGUGCAGUACGUGAGAAAUGACCGCGGUACACCGAUGAAACUAGACAACAAUUAUUACAGGAACAUUUUGGACAACAAGGGAUUGUUGAUUGUGGACCACCAAUUGGCGAACGACAAGAGAACCAAACCAUAUGUGAAGAAAAUGGCGAAAAGCCAAGAUUAUUUCUUUAAACAUUUUGGAAGAGCCAUCACCAUUCUUACAGAGAACAAUCCACUCACUGGCACUAAAGGUGAGAUUAGAAAGCAAUGCAAUGUUGCAAACAAGCACCAUUAAUUAAUUAACCCAAGUUAUCUUUUGUGUUUUAAUUAAUGUGGAGAAUAAAAAGAUGAUGGUGUGAGCAUCUAGCAAUCUAGGACAUGUUUUUCUUUUACUUUUAUGUGUUUUAAGGAAAGUGAAUGCUUCCAAAUGAAUGUGAAUAUGGAUGGAUGGAUGAUGGUGGUGGAGUCUUAGUGUGUAUGAUACAUGAGAUUGUUGUUGAAAACUCUGCAAUUAAUCAAAUGCUUGCUUGCUUUGUUUG